AUGUCGGAAGCGGGAGACAGUAUUCUCCACAGCCAGCCAAUCUACGCAUUCUUGGUUUCCGUGCUGACGCGCUCCUUCUAUUUCGCCUUGAAUAGCACGCACAAGCGAUCAAAGUCCUCUGCGGCGUUUUCCCUGCUUCGUCGCAAAGAAACCCGCGAAGACGAGUCCGGCUCAGAAGACGGUCGGUCUGCCGCCGGGACAGCCUCGCCAAAAUCCACCUCGAAACCUUCUGGCACCCCGUUGUCGCAUCAGUCGGCCACCCGAGCACACAGUUCGAGACUUUCGACCGCAUCCACCAUGCUCAACAGAAUACCGUCUGCACAAUCGCCCACCGCCGCAGCCAAGCCUGCGCCCAUACCAGGCCAAGGUGCCAGCCUGGAGCAGUCUGUCCGCAAGUUCAGGGUCGUGGAAGCCCUGAGAAGUGGCGAUACAGCCUCCAUCUCCAAGGCGAUUCGCGAGACGGCCGAGAAUGCACCCCGACCCAGCACUUCCUCGGUCGCAACCGUCAGCACCGGUCCCCUCGAAGACACCACUAUUCUGCACCUCGCCAUUCAGUGCGCCGAGUUCCCCGUCAUCGAAUAUGCCCUGUCGGACAGUGCCGGUAGCGUUGAUGUCAAUGCCAGGGACAAAGACGGCAACACACCGCUGCAUAUCGCUGCCAUCCAGGGCCGGACGCCUGUUGUGAAGCUCUUGUUGGAUCAAAAGGACAUCAACGACGCAGUCGUCAACCACCACGGAAAGCUGCCGCUCGACUUGGCCAGAAAUCCAGAAAUCUUUCAAAUCCUCCAACUAUCGCGUUCUCUAUUCACCGAGGCCAAGGUGAAGCAGGUACAAGAGCUGAUCGCUCAUGGCGACUACGAUACCCUGGCGCAGGUGCUUGAGGAGCCUCGCCUGAAGACCGUGGUCGACAUUAACGGCCCCGAGUUUGCUUCGGAACCAGUUACUGUGCAAACAGGUGGAACCUUGCUUCAUGAGGCAGCACGAAAGAAAAACACCCAACUGAUCCAGGUUCUCCUGCUUCAUGGUGGUGAUCCUUUCCGCCGUGAUCGCAAGGGAAAACUGCCGCAGUCCAUCACUCAUGACGACAAUGUCAAGGCUAUCCUGAAAAAGUCCCCUGCAGCCGUUGCAGCUCAGAGAGGUAUUCAAGAGAAGGCCGUUCUUGGCCAAGCAGCAUCACAGGGCGCGGGCGGCGCGGCCGCAACUGACUUGAUGGCUGGGCGCGAGGCCCGAGAAAUGAAGGGGUAUUUGAAAAAAUGGACCAAUUACCGCAAGGGCUAUCAGUUGAGAUGGUUUGUGCUUGAGGAUGGGGUGCUCAGCUACUACAAGCACCAAGACGAUGCUGGUUCCGCAUGCCGAGGUGCAAUCAACAUGAAGAUUGCCAAGUUGAAUAUGAGUGCCGACGAGAAGACCAAGUUCGAGAUUAUUGGCAAAUCAUCUGUCAAAUAUACUCUCAAGGCGAACCACGAGGUCGAAGCCAAGCGCUGGUUCUGGGCACUCAACAACUCUGUCCAGUGGACCAAGGAUCAGGCAAAGGAGGAAGAAAGGCAGGCAGCCCGCAGCGCAGAGCUCCUCAAAAUCGCCAAGGCUGAGCAGAGCUCACUUUCACUUCAUGAGGUACCCAGUGAGAAUGCUAGCCUGUCGGAUCUACAACGCAGCACUUCACAACUGCCAAGCCGGACCACGUCGAAUAAUAGGAUGACGCCUUCAAAGGCUGACUUGACACGAGCAAGCACCAUCGGCAGUCUGGACGAUGAUGAAUUUGCAGAUGCAGCCACCGAUGGUGACGUCUCUCGCAUACAUGGCAACGGAGGUCCAGUCAUCCCAGGCGAAAUUGACGACGACGACGAUUUUGGUGAUGACAGGAGCGUGCGCGAUGCGCCACAAGCGACCAAGGAUGCACUCAACAUCACAGCCCAGUCCGCAAAGAUCCAGCUGGAAACCAUGUCUGGAGUUCACACGGCCCUUAUGGCACAGCUCACUCAAAGCCCUGCCACACCGCUGUCUGACACAAAUGUAACUCAGGCGCUGUCUACCUAUGAUGCGGCGAUCCGCAGCUUGACAGGGCUUCUUGGUGAUAUGCUCCGAAUUUCCAAGGACAGAGACGCUUACUGGCAGUACCGUCUAGAUCGCGAGGCAAACCUGCGCCGCAUGUGGGAAGACAGCAUGCAGCAGGUUGCUCGCGAACACGAAGAACUUGAGGCACGGAUGGGCGAGGCGGAGGAGAAGCGUCGCCUGACCAAGAAGGCCCUUCGUGAGGUCAUGGAAGCCGGCGGUGUCUCCGGUGUUGGCACACCCACAACCGAAGCUCUGCAAGAAGAAGUGGAAGCAGCCGCGAAAUCUCCUACCAGAAGUCUUGGACGCAGACCGACUGCUUUGGACCAACUGGGUGAGCUGUCAGAAAGCGAAUCUGGCGACGAAGAGGAAUUCUUUGAUGCAGUAGACGCCGGCGAAGUUGAAGUCGCUGAAAUGCCACAGGGGGAGACUGUCCAGUCUCAGAAGGAUGUGAUUGUCUCCGGCAUUGAUAUUAGCGCUUCAUUUAGGGGUUACGAGAACGGUAUCCGACACAGACUCAAAAUGGAUGCCGAUGAUCGCCCCAAGAUUUCACUUUGGGGCAUCCUGAAGUCCAUGAUUGGAAAGGACAUGACCAAGAUGACUUUGCCUGUAUCCUUCAACGAACCCACAUCUCUGCUUUAUCGCUGCGGUGAAGACAUGGAGUAUGCUGACCUGCUGGACUUGGCUGCGGAGCGCGCCGAUUCAAUUGAACGCUUAAUAUACGUUGCUGCUUUUGCUGCCAGCGAGUAUGCAUCAACAAUCGGGCGUGUUGCCAAGCCAUUCAACCCGUUGCUCGGCGAGACAUUCGAAUACGUGAGACCAGACAAGAACUACCGCUUCUUUAUCGAGCAAGUUAGCCACCAUCCUCCUGUUGGUGCCGCAUGGGCCGAAUCGCCAAACUGGGAAUACUGGGGCGAAUCUGCCGUAAGAUCCAAGUUUUAUGGCAAAUCCUUUGACAUCAACCCUCUCGGCACAUGGUUCCUGAGGUUGAGACCCACUGCCGGUGGAAAGGAGGAGCUUUACACGUGGAAGAAGGUCACCUCGUCGGUCAUUGGCAUCAUCACCGGCAACCCGACGGUAGACAAUUACGGCCCGAUGGAAAUCAAGAAUUGGACGACUGGGGAGGUGGCCAUCCUCGAUUUCAAGGCUCGCGGAUGGAAGGCGUCGAGCGCGUAUCUGAUUUCUGGCAAAGUUCUGGAUGCAGAUGGCAAUGUCCGCGUCAGUCUGGGCGGACGUUGGAACUCGAAGCUGUACGCUCGUUUAACGCCUGGGUAUGAGGCGUCUAUUGACGAAUUGAAGGAUUCCGGUCCUGUACACAAGGGCGCCAUGAAUGAUCCAACCCGAGCGUACUUGAUCUGGGAGGCUAACCCGAGGCCUGCUGGUAUUCCAUUCAACUUGACGCCUUUCGUACUGACAUUUAACCACAUCGACGACAAGCUCAGGCCAUGGAUAGCACCGACCGACUCUCGUCUGCGCCCCGAUCAGCGUGCCAUGGAGGACGGCGAGUACGACUUUGCCGCUACAGAGAAGAAUCGACUCGAAGAGGCACAGCGAGCGCGCCGCAGAACACGUGAGUCCAAGGGCGAGGAGUUUGUACCGGCGUGGUUCAGCAAGGAAACAUGCGAGAUCACUGGGGAGUCAUAUUGGAAGUUCAACGGCAAGUACUGGCAGCAACGCGAAAAGGCCGGACCUGACGGAGACCCAAAUGCGUGGGCAGGGCUGGAGCCAGUUUUUGAGGAUGCAAAUCAAUAG